GACACACUUUAAAAUGGUUCUGCAAUCAUACUUGAUCAUUACAAAAUUGGCCACAAGACGUCUUCAAGUACAGAGUGUCUGGACCAUUGAUAUUAGCAAGAUUAGAAAAGUAGCGAAUGUUUAUUUCAUAAGAUGA